UAGUAGCAAAUUUUGUUUUGAAUAAACAAGAUCGAUAAGUAAAAACUAUGAAGUUGAAAGUUUUUUUUGUGGUUUUAGCAUUGGUGUUAGCAGUUGCUGCAAUACCUCAAGGGGGUUAUCAGAAUAACCCAGGCUCAAUUGGCCCAAGUCCAAGGGCUAAUAAUGGAAUUAGUGGAAGAGUCAUUGAGCAGGUCGAGAGCGUCUUCAACGGUGUUAUGAAUAUCGUUAAAGAUUUCUUCAGACGAAGCCCAGUAUAAAUUUGACAAUUUACGUAAUAUUUAGUUCAACGAUUAAAACAAUUUUUUUAUUUUUUUUUGUAAUUUUUAUAUAUCUACACAUUAAUGCAAUUUUUCUUCAAAAUUGUUUAAAAUAAAGAAUGAGUAAA